AUGGACUUUAUUGAAGGGAUCAAAUUGUCGACACUGCUCAAACAGCCUACCGAGGACGAGGAUGCCGAAAUCGUCCUAGAUCCUGCAGUUGACAACACCACUCUUGACAUUAUAUAUGAGCAACUCGCGGACUACAUUCACCAGAUAUCCCAAAUGGAGUUUCCUCUUAUUGGCGCCAUUUCCAAGGAUGCUCUCGGGGAUUGGACUGUCACUCGCAGGCCCUUGACGUAUGACAUGAAUGAGUUGGUUACGGGCACAGGAUAUCCAGCAGACCAGCUUCCCACCGCAUCGUUCAACACCGCCUCUGAUUUCUUUGAAUCAAUCGCGCGCCAGCGUCUCCUUCACCUUGAAACCCAGCGGAACAUUGCCAAGGACGAAGCCAAUGUUAUCAGACGGUUCACCGCCCGUCAUCUAUUCAAGCAACUAAUACCGAGGUAUACCAUCGACGACGCAGGCACAUUCAGAUUAUUUUGCGACGACAUGCGACCCUCUAAUAUUCUUAUCGAUCCGAGCACCAUUCGGAUCACCGCUAUCCUUGAUUUUGAGUUCACAAACAGCAUGCCAGCUCAGUUCGUCUACAAUCCGCCUUGGUGGCUGCUGUUGCGCGGCCCUGACGUCUGGAUCGAUCGUGAUAACCUGGACGAAUUUAUAGCGCGCUACGUCCCGAGGAUGGAACAGUUCCUGAGAGCUUUGGAGAAAGUGGAACAAAAAUCGAUGAAGAAUGGGGAUAAGAAUAUGACUACGUCGCUAUCAACCCGCAUGCGCGAGUCGUGGGCAUCAGGGCGUUUCUGGUUUGACUACGCUGCCAGAACGUGCCUAGAUAUGGACGAGGUAUACUGGCAUGUUUUACAUAACAAGUGUUUCCCAAACAAUUCCAGCCACGUUGACGAGGCGACGAUGAAGGGACUUGAUCCUUUGAUUGAGAGAAAGAUGGAGCAACUAAGAGCGUAUGAAGAGGAGUAUGCUGCUCGUUUCCCUGAUCCGUGA